CUACCUUGGUGGUAGCCACUAUUUUGGUGUCAGUCACCCAUUAACCGUCAAGCCAAUCGUGUCGCCGAAUUUGUUUGAAGAAACGUUGCCUGCUCGUGAUCCCCAUUAUCGAUCCCCUUUGUUAUUGUUAUUGAGACUUAUAUUUGGAAGUUAUUUGCACACCUACGCGAAACGCGUUUGCCCGAUAUUCUAAUCAAAUUGCGAUCCCAGAUCUCUUAAUCUAAUUAAGCCAUGCGCGGCGCCAUCAUGGGCUACUACUUGAAAAUACUGCUGGCCAUUUGUGCUAUCCAUGAACUGACCGGUGGAGUUAUCAGGUCAACAACAGAUGCUGCCUACAAGAAAUACCUUUCCCUAAAAUCCCUUCCCUUCGAAGACUGCGGUUCUCUGUACCAGGUCAACUACCUGCAGAUAGAGAGUUGUACGACUCUGCCCUGUUCCAUGGCCCGAAAUGCCACCAUUAAGGUUACCGUGCGCUUCGAUGAUAAUGGAAAUGGGGUCACUUUUCUGAAACACGAGGUCCGCUGGGUGUUCAACUACAUUAAAACCGAGGCGGCCAUCACCCCCGACCCGUGCGACGGAGACCAUGGAUGCAUAGAAAGUGCCAGCGACGGAAAGUCGUACUGGGCCAACAUAUUUGUGAAUGAAACCCUGCCAGUGAUGCGCGGCAGCAUGUUGUGGGAAUCCAAGGAUGCAGACGAUCAGAACCUCAUCUGCUUCCAAGUUCCCGUUGUAAUCACAGUGUAAAUGUGUAAUCACGAAAAUAAAGUAAUUGGUGCAUGCAAAACAACAAA